AUGCCUUCAAAGAAGAGAUUACUUCCCGUCGCUGGCUCGCCUCGAGUCUCGCAUGAUGCUUGGGGAGGGCGCGUGCCAAGUUACAUUGGUCGCAGGUUGCCGGCAGUGGUGGUGGUGGUGUGGUGCGCGGUGUCGGCGCGCGGCUGGCUGCCGGACUCCUACUCGCUGCCGACCGGGGUCCUGUUGAAAGAUGGACAGCAGUUUGACUACAUAGUGGUGGGCGCGGGCGCGGGCGGCGCCCCGGCUGCCGCGCGCCUAGCGCUCGCCGGCGCCGACGUGCUGCUGGUCGAGGCCGGCGGAGAUCCCCCAAUCUUGUCCAAGAUUCCAAGUGCAGCAAUGUCUCUCCUCGGGUCAGACAUCGACUGGCAAUACAAGACGAUACCUAACAACGUAUCUUGCCUCUCUUCCCAAGGUCAGCAGUGCCGGUUCAGCCGCGGCAAGUGCCUCGGCGGCUCCACCUCCAUCAACUACAUGCUGUACACGCGCGGCAACCGACACGACUUCCGCGACAUCCCGGCUCCCGGCUGGACCUGGGACCACCUGCAACCAUACUUCCUCAGAAGCGAAGGUUUGCAAAACCUCGAGCUGCUUCCAGAAUCUUCUAAACCAUUUCACAACACCACUGGUCCAAUGCGAAUCGAGUUUUUUGAUGACCCAGAGAACCCUUGGCAGUCCAGACUGAAAAAGUCUUUUAAAUCAUUAGGAUUUCCUGAAAACCUAGAUGUCAACGCUGAUUCUCAAAUAGGCGUUAGUCAAGUUAUUGGAUACGUAUAUAAAGGAGAACGAAUGAGCACAGCUCGAGGAUAUCUCAGCAAGAGAAGCGUCUCCGUGACUCUGAAAGUCGCUAAAAACACUUUGUGUACUGGAGUCAUUAUAGACAGGAAUAACAUAGCCCGCGGCGUCACUGUCAUCCAAGGUCUUCGGAAGCUAAGAGUGUAUGCGAGGCGAGAAGUGGUUCUCAGUGCCGGAGCAAUCGGUACCCCACAUUUAUUGAUGCUGUCAGGUAUCGGGCCGGCCGAGCACCUGAGGAGUAUGGGCAUCACAGUCAAGGUUGAUUCUCCCGGCGUCGGCGCCGACAUGAACGACCACACUCUGCCGCUUUUAUUAGCUCUAGUGGAUAAAACUACAGGAGUCAAUGACGAUUGGAUUCAACUCGUGUCGCGACUACAAUAUUUUCCAGAACUCAUUAUCAAGCGCUCAGGUCCUCUGACUUCCAACGGCAUCACUGACAUUACCACAUUUGUAAACUCACGUUGUUAUGACUUCCAACAGAGACGGCUUCUAAACGUUAGUUUCGAUGGCAGUAGCUGCGAGCUGCCAGACUUGCAGAUCAUUCACGCGUAUAUAUUCAAGAACAUAGUUCCCCUUACUCGGCCUCUAUUCCAACGUGCCAUUGGCUUCAAUGAUGACGUCGUUAACCAGAUCAGCAGAGCUAACGAGAGGUAUGCCAUAAUGGUAAUAACGCCGAUACUGUUGGAGCCCUACUCACGAGGAUACAUACGUUUGGCGAGCUCCGACCCCCGCGUCCCUCCUGCUAUAUUUCCCAACUAUUUAGGUGAAGACCGGGAUGUGCAAACCUUAUUGCGUGCCAUUAGUAUUAUCGAACAGCUGGUUGAAACGAAGCCAUUUAGGACACGGAACGCGGGACUUCUCCACUUGGAGCUGGCAGGGUGCCCGCGCGUGGAGCAGGACCGGCGCGGUUACUGGGAGUGCUACACUCGACACAUGACGUUCUCGGUGUACCACGCGGCGGGUACGAGCGCGCUGGGCCGCGUGCUGGACGCGCGCCUGCGCGUGCGCGGCGUCAGGCGCCUGCGCGUCGCCGACCUGGGCGCGCUGCCGCGAGCGCCGCGCGGGAACACCGCCGCCGUCAGCAUGGCCAUCGGGGAGAGAGCUGCCGAGUUCAUCUUAGAGGACAAUAAAUAAAGACUGAUGCGGUCCCCGACGCCGGUACACCGGAGUCAAGAUAGGAUAACAAACACUUUGUUUUAAAAUGUAUGUGUCGGCUGUGACUGAUAGAUUGAUCGGGUUGUGAUGACUGCUGUUUGAGGAAUGAUGAUACUACUGUAAAGAUUUUGUUCCAAUCUAAAUCUGCAGUAAGCGCUUAUGCAGGUCUGCUCUCCGAGAUAAUUAUAUUCUUGUAACUGUUAAAUCAGGGAGCUCAGCGAGUGUUAGUCUGCAGGAGUCGUUACUGUUCAUGUUAAUAUUAAAUCUUUCCGAGUCGAA